AUGACCGUGAACUUUUACUCUACUGAAGGGUUAACGAGACAUAAAAUUCCCCAAUUGCCAGAAAUAGAUCCUUCGAAGCCAGUUGCGCCUUCGUGGUUUACGCAGCUGCCUUACAUUGUGACUGUUGCAAGUAUUCUGUUCCUCCCGCUCCACCUGCGCCGAUGGAUUGGGAUACCCGUGUCUGUUGCCAGCAUAAUAUACCCGCUAGUAUACCUCCGCCAGCCAGAUGCAUUCACUGCAUACUUUGUUGGCAAUUUGCAGAUCUUCGCUAUUAUCCAGACAACAAGUUUUCUUAGCGUGGAUUCUGAGAAGAUUCUGGUAAAGUUGGACAGCCAAGGCAACGAGAAACCACCUCCAGUGGGUCUGUGGGAAAGGUUCAAAUUUGUAGCGGAACUUAUAGCUAACCCACGCGGUAUACACUGGAAAUGGGCGAGGAGUAUUGAUAAGCAGGAAAUAGAAAAAGAGGGGCGCAAAACUAGGUGGCAGUUCGUCACAGAUCGUCUGCCAAAUGUCAUGACACAAAUUCUCAUUUUAGACAUGUUUGAGACAUACGUGCAUACGCCACCCUAUGAUUUGCUCACACUGAGGCCAAUAUCUUCACAGCGAUAUCUCAUGCAAGUCUUUCACUUGAUCUUUAUUGGCAUCAGUUCCUUUUCUUGCGUCAAUCUUGCUUACAGCUUGACAUCGGUAGUCUGCGUUGUUAUCGGACUCAACAAUCCUAGUGAUUGGCCUAGGUUUUUUAACAUGGCUGAGGCCUACUCAAUACAGAGACUUUGGGGGAUUGGUUGGCAUGGUUUGUUCAGGCGGUCAAUAAAAUUUUACGGGGAUAGUAUUGGUAGUUUGUUCCCAAAGUAUGCAAAAAUGCCCGUAAAGAUGCUUGUUGCCUUCAGUUUGACAGGGCUAAGUCAUGCAAUGGGUGCGUAUGUGCUCGCGGGACUCGGCCUCGGACAAUUUUGCUUUUUCUUGGUACAGGCAGUCGGUAUUGUGGUGGAGUUUAUGAUACUCGGGAAUACGAUAUCUUUGAAGACUCCAACGAUGAAAAGAAGGUUGCUCGGAUAUCUCUAUACAGCCAUUUUCGUUGGGGUGACUGGGAGACUCUUCCUUGAUGAGUUUGUACGCUUCACCAGCCAUAAUACCUCAAUGGACUUCGAAAUAGCGCUAUACAGAGCGAUAGCGCAGGCGAGGCCAGUUGGAGUACACAAGCACUUCCAGGUGCUCGCAAUGCAGCACAGCAUGUCAAUUGAACUGCAAGAGGAUGUGGGCGUGAAUGAGAUAUGGUCAAAAUUGGCUAGUCUUUACAAUUUAGAGGAGCUGGACAAUCAGGAUUUGGCAGAGGAUGACUUCUUAUCAACCGUGGAGCCGUUUGAAUUACCACACGAUGCAGAAUUUAUUGAAUUAUGGCAGCGUAGAGCUUUUAAAUCACCCAGAGAAGACGCUUCUCCGUUAGGCUCACCGAUACCGACUCCAGAAGACGAGGCUGAAUCUAGUCUCAGUGAGGCUGAAAUGGAUGCUGAGCAGGAAUCAGAUAGUGAGCAGAAGAUAGCUACAAAAUCAGAGAAGAGGCCAUCUAGUACGCGUAGGAGAAGCGCAAUUGGUCGAUUUAACAAGCAGGACCAUGUCGAGGAGGUCGACGAGCAUGAACAUGUCCAGCUGGCGAAUGAAGGCGAGGAUGUCGAUGAGGAUGACACCAAUACACGCUCUUCACGUUCUAAAACUGCUAAAGCAGCCGCAGAUGCUCCAAAGAAAGCAAAAGCAACAUCCACAGGUAGCGCUCGGCCUAAAGCCACCCGAGGAAGAACAUCAUCAACGCGAUCAAAUCCCAAGAGACGUGAGUAA